AUGACUCAUCCUCCAAAAUCAUCCAAUGUGCCAAAUGUCAACCAGCCAUAUCAGUCCAAACAGUUUGUAAUUCAUCGAGUCUCCAAGCAACAACGCAUGACCUUCAAACGACCCAUUCCGCAAAAAAAUUCUUUCACCUUUGUCCAAAAUACCUAUCAAGAAGGCAUUGGUGUCACUUGCAUCAAUUUUCAACACAAAAAUUCAGCCAAACACAUCUCCAAAUAUGACUUGAUCAAAGUGUUGCAUCUCUCUCAACCCCAAGCUUGUAAAGUUCUCAAUUGUUCCAUGUCCACGUUGAAACGAAAGUUCUAUCAAAUGAAAAACGAAUUGGGAAUGGACAAGUGGCCUCAAUAUUUUCAAGAAGUGAGACAUUUACCCAUCUUUGAAUACAUGUAUCCCAUGUCGUUGAAUUUCAUCUUAAAUCACGAUGGUCAUGAGGAAGGAGAGGAGGAGAACAAUAAUAAGAUGGAUCUUUCAAGCAUCUCCUCGUCCUCCUUAUCGAGAAGGAAAGUUCACUUUUCUGAACCUCAGAAAGAAAAUGCAUCAUCCUUUUCAAAUCUUCCAAAUGCUCGCACAUUCCAGACAGAUAAUCACUCUUCCUCAUUCUCCAACCAGAAUAUCCAUUAA